AGCAUGGCCGCCUUAAUUUAUACGUUAUGUCAAAAUGUUUAUAAAAAUAUUUUUUAUGUUCAUGCUAUUAACAAAAUAAAUAAAAAUAUAGGUAUUAAUUAUUUCCUUAAACAAUUGUUAUCAUAUUCAAAUAGUAAACAAUCAAUUAAUAAUCAGUUAAUCGAAUCGAAUAAAUUAACCUCUAAUAUUUAUAAUAAACGUAAUGUUUAUAAUUCGCUAGUAUCACAAAAUUCAUUAAAUAAAAUAUUCGUACGAUAUAUGCAACAAAAUGUCCGUGGCUUUAGUUCAAUAUCACCAAAUCCGGCCCCAAAACCGGAUCCCCCAAAACAACGUUCGCUACCACCGUUAAUGGAUUUUCCUGAAAUUGUGUGGCCAUCAAUUUUUAAAUCAGUUAGAAAUUGGAUAUUAUCAACAUUAAUUAUCGCACCAUAUUUUGAUCGGGAAUUUUCGUUGUAUGAUUUUGUUGUGGGGUCAAAGAAAGCAAUUGAGGUAGUUUCACAAAAAAUAUCUUCUGGAGACUUUAAAGAAUUGGAAGGACUAGUCACAAACGAUGCUAUUGACUCUAUUUCGAAGUCUGUUUCUUUGUUAUCGCUAGCUCAAAGACAACAAUUAGCUAUUGAUUGUAAAGAUAUUUAUUUUUCAUUUCCGUAUCAGGUUGGAAUUAUGUUCGACGAUGCAGAAACAUCUUCACAACAAAAACGAUUUGUCGAAAUAACAAUGGUGUAUCAUGUUUUACAAGACUUGCAUUUAAUGCGUGAACGUGGCGAAGAACCACCAUUAAAUGUGGGACUUUUACCCGAAUUUCGUGACAAGAUACACAUUUGUAAUUAUAGAUUUAUUCGUGAAUUCACAAAGGGCGUUGAAGAUCAAUGGACAAUCAAUGUAAUAAAUCAUUUUAAACCCAGUGAUUUCUUAUAAAAGCAAUAAUUUUUAAUUAGGAUCAAAGUGUUCCUAAAUGUAUGUGGGCAAUUUUAAGAGCAAUUUCUUUAAAUAAUUUCCAUUAAAAAAAUUUAAACAGGAUGAUAAGUGAACCAAUUUUAAAGAUAUAACAUUUAUUUAAUACUCCAGAGUAAUUUUGAGCCCGCUCGCUAGCCUGUGUGCUUCACACCAACAAUUAUUUUAGAGUUGGGGAAAUAAGUUUAUUGAAAGUCUGAUUUUAGGUACCUGGGCUCCGGUAAUGUUAAAACUCGAACGUUUUGGGGUCUUAUAAUGGAAAUUAUAUAAAAAAUGAGUUUCUGAAAUAUUUCACGUAUCUUUAGAAGCCACAUUACACAAAAUAUAAUCUACUCAAUUUAGAAUCUGUGAAGUUUUUUGAUAAAUUGCUUCGGCAUAAAAUUACUACGUAAUAUGUAUAUUUUGGGGGUGUUUGGAUUUUCCUAGAAGUAUUUGUGCAUUCGUGUUUUUCAUACAAACGCAACAAUAAAAGUUGAAAAAUUUGUU